CUUCCGGGUCAGUGAGUAGACCCUGGCCGUCGCCUUACUCUUUUUGUCAAUUCUUCUUACCUUACACUUGACCACCACCGCACAUUCGUACUCUGUACCACAACACAAAGUCUGUAGACAUCAUGCCCACAAGAAGUGAGGAGUCAGACUUGAGGUGGGACAGAGUUGAGGCACGUGAAACUCACUAUCGCCAAAGUACUCGGGGGAACCCCCAGCCACCGAAUGCAAAAAAACGCAUCGACUCAAUUGAACUUGGCUCAAUGGGUGCUCACUUCGAUGUUGUUUCCGAAGAUGAAUCGUACCCUGCGAGAAUUGAUGAUUUCACCAGCAACGAAGCUGGAGAUCCUAGUUACGGCGCUGAACAGAAAAUUCGUCGGGACUCCAUUUACGACCAACCCGAAUCGGAUAGCAGUAUCUCAAAGGAAGCAAUUGCGGAAACCGGAUUUGCUCCUAAGUGGGGUCCGUAUCUCCCGCUGUCUGAGAUGAUAGAGACUAGACGGCAGUUGUCGACUAACAGUAAAAAAACGUCCACCAUCACUGUCGACCACUAUCGACCCCGGCGUACACGAGGAACAGAGUCCGACUCCCGAGCAUGAAAUCCACAUACCUUUAGUGACUAGCCCCACACCAUCCAACCGCUCCAUGUGUACAACACGUGAAGGGAGUUGCAGGGGAGAGAAGGAGUUUUUGCCCCCAUACUCAUGGUCAUAUUACGAUGUCAAGCUUGGAAGGCUGAAUGAGAAAGAAGCGAAAUGAACACAGCUGCUACUCACUUCAGUGUAGGUACCAAUUUUGGUUGGGCUGAUCAACUUGGCAUGUAGGUGUAGAGUGGUAGGAAUU